AUGAGGGUGCUACACUGGUGCAUGCUGGGAGUGACCAUCCUGCUGCUGGUCUGCGAGGUCACCAUCAGCCAGCUGUGCAAGUCCCUCAUCACCUUAGUAGAUGGUUUCCACACGCUCUUCGUCCUCUUGCGCAUGGCUCUUCCUCCUCCUCAAACGACAAGCAUUAAAAAGUCAACGCUCCCCUCUUUGGAUUCCUCCACAUCUCCUCCACAUGCGUCCUCCUCUUCUUCAGCAGUGCUGCCCUCCAUCCUGCCUGUACAGUCCUCCAUUAAAUCUCCACCUGGGACCCGGGCUGAGGGGCCUCCGGACUGUGGCGUGUCCUUCACCAGCAGCAGGAUUCAGCCUGUGGGAGCGUUCAUUUCUGCUCUCCUCCUGACCUUUCUGUGUCUCUCCUACUUCAUGGAAAUCAUCAGCUUUUCCCUGGAGCCACACACAGUGCAGCGCCCCCUGCUGCUGGUGGUGGUCGGAGCUGUCAGUCUGCUUCAUAAGUUGCUGGUGGUCCGGCUGAACUGGGAUCAGCUGCAGAAGGAAAGGGCCAAAGCAAGCAAGCAGCUGAAGACCGAGUCUCACCUUGAAGAGAACCACAAAGUCUUGGCUGCAGAGGAAACCAAAGGCCGGCCUGAGCCGUGGCGAGUCCUGGAUGAUGUUCGCCAUGUCCAAUCUGUCGUGGACCACUCGCUCCACAAUGGGGCGCUUGUCCUCUGCAACCCGGGAACCUCGAGCGUCCCUGACACCGACUCUCAAACUGCCCGACAACAGCCAUUCCUCCUCCGUGCAGCAGCUCAACGGGACAGCAGGGACAGUGAGGCAGGCGGUCGGGUUGCAGAGUUGAAGGUUUGCCAGUGUGAGAGUCGUUCAGUUGACACCACAGAGGCUUCCAAAGACGACGCCUGCAUGGGACAUCUUGGUAAGAGAGCUUUGUACAAGUCAUCACAUCACAUGACUGUACCAAGCAUCCAGAGGCCAGUCGGUCUCCUGUCCUUCGUCCUCGUCGUGCAGGGCCUCUGCACCUCUCUGCUGGCUCUGUUCAACAGCCUGGUGAUGCUGCUGGUCGGCCCACAGUUCCUCCACAGCUCGGGAACCUGUGGCCUGCUGAUCUACAUGGAUCCUGUUCUCUCCCUACUGGCUGUGAUUAUGCUGAUUGCCACAGCUGCACCACAGGUGCACAGGUAUGGACUUCUGCUGCUACAGGCCACGCCUCCACACAUUUUCGCAUCUGAUCUUGGACAAAGGAUUACGAGUGUCCCUGGGGUGCAGGCUGUGCACAACCUUCACAUCUGGCAGUUAACUGACUCAUUCAUGGUGGCCUCUGUCCAUGUACAUUGCCAUGCUGGGUUUCCAAUGCACAGGUGUGCUGAUCUGAUGUCGGGGGUCACUAAGGUGCUGCAGAGUGUUGGCGUGAGCUGCUGCACCGUCCAACCAGAGUUUGCCACAUGCUCUGUGUCCUCUGCAGGCAGUGAGGGGGACGCCUUACCUGUCAUCCACAGAGAGGACCCCUCCCUGCCACCUCUUCUGACCUGCAGCCUCGCCUGUGGAAAGGCCUGCGCUGGUCAUAUGUGUUGCUCCACCCGAGAGGAGACCAGCCUGCUGGCACCACCAGCUGGAGAAACAAAGGAAGAGCCUCAGACACUGGUCAUCGAGAACACCUUCCUCUGAAU